GAAGAGAGAGAGAGAGAGAGAGAGAGAGAGAGAGAGAGAGAGAGAGGGAGAGAGAGGGGAGAGACGAGAACACUCACUGACUGAGGAGCAGAUUUUCAUUCCAUCCGCUUUCGACUCCUCGGCUUCCCGGCUGAACCGCACAUCCACUGACCUGAACCGCAGAUCAACUGGGCUGAACCGCACAUCCAAUGGUCUGAACCGCAGAUCCUCUGGUCUGAACUGCAGAUCUACUGGUCUGAUACGGUUUUUAGAGAACUCCUCCGCGUCCGUUCAGGUCUCAUGUUCAUGUUCGACUACGUCGCUCUCCACGGUGUCAUCUCGGCCAACUUCACCCGUUUUCCACUCGCUCUUGAACUGCACCAUGAAUAGUUGGAGAGCCUCUGUCGGUCGCAUCCCUUUGGCAUGGUGGGGAUUACGCAGCCCCAGAGCGGAGAGCAUGUGAACGCAGAUGGAGUUUGGGAUUUAUUGCGAAAUAAGGGAAAGAUGACCGUCUUCUCUUUGUGCUUGCUCUUGUGCGCGGACCUGCUGGACCUAGCCGUGGGAUAUUUGACGGUUACCAUUGAGCCGCUGCCUCCAGUCGUUGUGGGGGAAACCGUCACGCUCAAGUGUAACUUCAAGACCGAUGGGAGGCUGCGGGAGAUUGUUUGGUACCGGGUUACUGAUGGGGGCACCAUCAAGCAGAAGAUCUUCACCUACGACGCCAUGUUCAACACCAACUACUCCCACAUGGAGGACUACAGGCGCCGGGAGGACCUGGUGUACCAGUCCACCGUCAGACUCCCAGAGGUGCGGAUCUCCGACAACGGUCCGUAUGAAUGCCACGUGGGCAUCUACGACCGCGCCACCAGGGAGAAGGUGGUGCUGGCAUCUGGGAAUGUUUUGCUUACUGUAAUGUCGCCCCCUAACAACAUCUCUGUGAUGGCGGAGAACACGCCAGCGCCCUUCAGCCGCUACCAGGCGCAGAACUUCACUCUGGUCUGCACAGCGAGAGGGGGGAAGCCAGCGCCGUCGGUGAGUCGGGGUCCACACGCACGCACACACACA